UUACUACAACUGUUGUACUGUGUGUAAAAAAACACCCAACGAAUCCCCCAAAAAUCAAGUAAUCUCAUAAUCGCCGAUCUUUCCGCUCUCUUUAAAUCCAGUCACUCUCAGUUAGUAGAAAGCAAUGGAUACUACAGAUCGUAGAUACUUGGAAGAAGAAGAUUCUUCAUUGACGAAAGUUAUGAAGGGCUCUGCUUUUGGUUUGGCCACUGGAACCCUUUGGGGUACCAUAGUUGCUACUUGGAUGGAUGUGCCCCGUGUGGAGAGAAAUGUUGCUCUUCCCGGUUUGAUUAGGACAUUGAAAAUGAUGGGUAACCAUGGGUUGACUUUUGCUGCUAUUGGUGGGGUUUACAUUGGUGUCGAACAAUUGACACAGAAUUAUCGAGCAAAGAGAGACUUUGUUAAUGGAGCUGUUGGUGGGUUCGUUGCCGGUGCUACUAUUCUUGGUUUUAAAGGUAAGAGUAUUUCAACAGCUAUCUCUGCUGGAGCGGCACUUGCAGCUACAUCUGCAGCAAUUGAUGUUGGUGGGCAAACCACAAGAGUGGAUACGGGUAAGGAGUACUACCCUUAUACUACCAAGAAAAGGGUUGAUGCCAAUUGAGUUCCCUCUUCACAUAUGGCUGUUAUGGAGACUUGAUCAACCUUUCCAAUAUUCUAUUUGCCGUAUGUUCUGUUUUGGAGAUGUAAACGCACUCUGCUUUCGAUAGUGCAGAUUACAAAGUCCAACAGUUUGCUGAAAUAAAUUACAGCAGGUUUCUUGGGUUGAUAACAACUUGUCAUUUUGUAUGCAUGUGUGAACUACCAAAAGGAUCAUUAAGAUAUUUAUCGUUGAAUGAUUUCUUGAAAACUGAUCAAGUGUUUAGCAA